AUGAUCAACGAAAAUAUUUCUCCAUCUUCAUGUCUUUCGACUUCGAAAUUACAUCAACGACGUAAUAAAUUAAAAAAGAACAGUGAUAAUAUAUCUCCAACAAAUUCUAAUGAUUGGACAAUUACCUUUUGUAUUGUUGGUUCUGCUUGUUCAAAUCAACGACUUCUAUCAUCACUUGAACAUCGUUAUGUCUAUGAAUGUAUCAAUGAUGAACGACAUGCAAUUCGAACAUUAACAGAAACAAAAACUUUAUUAUCUCAACGUCAAUUACGUAUUUAUGUUGUUGAUUCAUUUGAUGAUUGUAUAUUUCAAUAUAUAAAAGAAAAUGAAGAUAUCUAUACGAUUAGUUCUGAACUCGUAUUAUCAUGUGCAGAAAAAGAAAUUGAUAUUCCUGUACCAAGAAGAAAUCGACCUUUAUAUUGUCAACAUUUAUCUUCAGCUGUUAUCUGCUUUGUUGGCAUUCGAAAAGACACACAUACGGAAUUUAGUGAUUUUGUUCAUUAUCUUGGUGGAUCCGUACGAAAAGAUUAUAGCGAUCAAGUUACACAUGUCAUAUCACAUGCAAAUAUUGGUGAAAAAUAUCUUACAGCAUUCAAUAUGGAAAGAAGUGAAAUAUUAACAGAAGAAUGGAUUUUACGUUGUUGGAAUGAACGAGAUAAUCGUCAAUUUAAUCCAUUUGAUUCCGAACUUAUUCGAAUACAUCGUGCUAAACCAUUACAUAAUCUUAAUUUAUUCUUAUUUGGUUUUAAUAAUGAAAACGAAAUACAACAUUUACAUAGUUUAACGAAAGAAAAUGGUGGAUUUUUAACAAAAGAAAUGAGUGAAGCAACACAUAUUGUAAUUUCGGAUAUAAAUCUUUUUAUAUCUACUUAUCCAAACUAUACACGUAAACAUCGACAGUAUAUUGUUCAUGUCCAAUGGUUUUGGGAAUGUUUAUGUUUAAUGGGUAAAGCUGAUGAAUCUAUAUAUGCAGUUAAUUUAACUGGUAAUCAAACAACAACAACAACACCAGAUUCAUCUUUAUUAUUAUUUUCACCAUCAACACACGGUGAUAGUGCAUUAUUAGAUUCAUCAUUGAAUACGACUGUUAAACGAAAACGUCGACAUAAACAUUCCUAUAUAGCUGAUCAAAUUGAUCAUACACCACAUUCGAAACGUUUCAAUAGUAGUACAAAUGAGAAUGAUGAAGAUAUUCUUAUAGAAAAACAACAACCAAAUAUAAAAAAAGAUAAUAAAUAUUUAAUUGGAAUGGAAUUAAGAGAAACAGAACGGAAUUAUGUGACAAUGUUAUCAAAUAUUAUUCGAAUAUUCAAGACAGAAAUGGAAAAAGAUGAUCGUCGAAAUGGUCCUAUACUUACAAAAGUUGAAAGUACACAAAUAUUUGGAAAUAUCGAAGAAAUUUAUCAUUUACAUUUAUCUAUUGCUGAACAAUUAGAUCGAGCAAUCAAUGAAGAGGAAUGUAUUGGUUCAGUAUUUUUAACUAAUUCAAUUGAACUUUUACGUGUUUAUCAACCAUAUACAAAAUUUUAUGAUAAAACAAUUGAAGCAAUUCAUACAUUAGAAAAAACAAAUUCUCGUUUUUAUGCUUUUCUUAAAAUUUGUGAACAUAAAAGUGAAUUAGGUAAACAACAUCUAGCGGAUUUAAUGAUACGACCAAUUCAACGUUUACCGAGUAUAUUAUUAUUAUUAGAACGUUUAUUAAAAUAUACAUCAACAACACAUAUUGAUUAUCAAUUAUUAAUUGAUUCAUUGGAUAAAUUACGUGAAAUAGCAAAAAAAUUAAAUGAUGAACGAGGAAAAACAGAAAAACAUUUGUCAAUGUUUAAUGUUGUUAAUAGUAUUGAUAAUUGUCCACCUGAAUUACUCGCUGCACAUCGUGAUUAUAUUGAAAAAUUUCAAGUUAUUGAAUUAUCUCAAGAAUUAACAACAACACGAACACAUUUAACACUUUUUCUUUUCUCAGAUUGUCUUGAAAUAACGAAAGUACGUGUUAAUACAUGGAAAACACCAAGUAUGAAAGCAACGAAAUCUUAUAAACAUAUUGUACUUAUUCCAUUAAGUGAUAUUCGAACUUUAUAUGAUAUUAAUUCAUCAGUAUUAACACUUGAUGGUGAAACGGAACAAUUUGGAAUACUUUGUUCAAUUGAUGGACAAAAUCGUCAACUUAUAUUUCGUAUAAUUAAUGGAAAUACAAGUACAAAUAGUAGUAGUUCAAAAUCUUAUUUUACUGAUUCAAUGUCUUCAUUAUCAUCAGUAUCAACGCUAUCAAAUUAUACUCGUCAUGGAAAUAAUAAAAUCGAUGUACUUUAUUAUCUAUCUAAAGCUAUUUCCGAUGAUCGAUGUUUACUUGAUAAAUCGUCACUUAUUCAAACAAUUCAUAAUUCAAAUCAUAAUCAAAAUAUGUAUUGUUCUCAAACAUCACUUGAAAAUUCAGAAAUUGAUUCAAGUUCAAGAUCAACGAGUAGUUUAAAUCUACUUGGUUUAGCAUUGAAACGUGGACUUCAUAAAGCAAAUAAACGAUUAAGUCGUGCUUUUUCCUUUAGUCCAGAACCAAAUAAAAAUUUAACAAAAAAAACCAGUAGUCCUAUUCAUUUAUUACAAGAUGAAUGGUCAAAUAGUUUCGAUACAAGUAAACGAAUUAGUAUAUCUUCAAGACAAGAAUCAUUCAUAACAACUAUUCAUACUUUGGAUUCUUCGCCAUUUAUGCAAUCUAUACAAGAACAAUGA